AAGACUAUGGUGCUCAACGAGAGUCACUCAGAGGGCGGCAGAGUGGUCACCAACAACACUGAGAGCAUCCCAGUGUCCUACAAUCUUGUGAAACUUACGUUCAGUGACAUGAAGAACGUGCCAGAGGCCUCCAAAGGGACCAAGAAAGGCACCAUCUACCUUACCCCUUUCAUCUUUCUGUCCAGGGCGAAGGAUGCCAUGCAGUCCUUCGUAAUGUCAUUUUAUCUCGUGAAGGCCUGUGAGAUCAAGCAGUCUGUGUUUGAUACAAACCGCAUCAAGGGAACAGUGAACGCCGAAGCAGGCAGUGACUGGGAAGGCUCUGCUUCCCGCAAGUCCGCCUUCACGGCAGGGAGCGCCACUGAAUCUGGACAGCAGGUGCUCCAGGUGGCAUCUCAAGCGUCCAGGGGUGAAGCCCUCAGUGGAGCCUACGGCCACUCUCACAUGCCUGGCAGGACUUGUGCCUUUCCCCCGCCAGUCACUAGUGGAAUGUAUCCCUGCCCUCCUGGCUGCUCUUCUCCACCACCUUCGCCUGAGUUCUGUCCAGGACCUCCCAAGAUGGACAGGGCCAUGGGGUAUGUGCAGCCCCCGCCACCGCCCUAUCCUGGGCCCACGGAACCUCCGGUCAGCCCCGAUAUUCCCUGCACUCCUGCAGCCGAAGCCAGGGCCACAGAAGCAUCUGCCAGCACCUAUUAUAACCCAGGCAAACCACACCACGUCUCCAUGCCCAUGAAGCAGCCUCUGCCAUCUUACCGGAGGGAAGAUAAGAAGACCCAGUAG